AAAAAUGCAAACUUUUUAAGGUGACAGCUAAUGGGUAUUUGUCAAUCAAUAUCAAAAUUCAAAUUCAUGCAUUGCAUUCACAUGAUUUACACAGUUUUCUGCCUUCAAUUUGGUUUUCCAUCUUCACACUUGUUUAAUUAGUUGUUUAUUCCCUCCACCCAAACAAAAAACAAAUGCUUUUUACCAGCACCAAAGAACGUAGGACCCAUAUCUUUCCGUACCAUGGCCCGGACGUACCAUACCCACCACCCCCCCUCUUCCCCAUUCUUUUUGUUUAUAAAUUCCAACUCUUCUCACCUUUCUGCAAACCCCUCUCUAUAGCAUUCUCUUCCCCGUCCUCUCCCUCCUCCAAACGCAUGAGAGAAGGAACAAGUCCAAGUUCUUCAAGUGAUGGACAGCCAGGAUCUUUCUUCGCCACCCCACAUGGACGCAUCUCGUCCAUCCCUUGGUUUCCCUCUCGGUACUGCCCUCCUCCUCAUCAUCAUCUUCAGCUUGAGUGGAAUCUUCUCCUGCUGCUAUCACUGGGACAGGUUCAGAUCUCUGCACCACUCUUUCUCCCAGGACGACCCAGAUCACGAUACAGAUAUCGAAGCUUCACCCUCCAAAUCUAAACCCAUAUGCACGAAUCUAAAGCAAAAUCAAAGCCAAAGCUUGCCUGUGUUGAUGCCUGGGGAUCGGAUUCCAAAGUUCAUAGCAUUGCCAUGCCCAUGUGAACCUCCACGUCCAGAAAAAGUUGUGGUAAAAGUGCAGAAGCCACUGAAGCCACCACCUCGCCUGCCAGUGCCUUUGUAUUAGCCACCCCCCCCCCCCA